UUCUGUGUUAUAUGUAAUGAAAGAUUUCUAAACAAUAGUAGUCUGACUGUGCACAGUCGUUCUCAUACUGGUGAAAAACCUUAUUCUUGUAGUACAUGUAAUAAGAGUUUUUCAUAUAGGUCUGAUCUAACUAAACACAAUCGCUCUCAUACUGGUGAGAAACCUUAUUCUUGUAGUAUAUGUCAGAAGAGUUUUUCAGAGAACAGUAGUCUGACUAAACACUGUCGCUCUCAUACUGGUGAGAAACCUUAUUCUUGUAGUAUAUGUAAUAAGAGUUUUUCACAGAAGAGUAAUCUAACUGCUCACAGUCGCUCUCAUACUGGUGAGAAACCUUAUUCUUGUAGUAUAUGUCAGAAGAGUUUUUCAGAGAAGAAUAAUCUGACUAAACACUGUCGCUCUCAUACUUUUGAGAAACCUUAUUCAUGUAGUAUAUGUCAGAAGAAUUUUUCAGAGAAGAGUAGUCUGACUAAACACAGUCGCUCUCAUACUGGUGAGAAACCUUAUUCUUGUAGUAUAUGUCAGAAGAGUUUUUCAGAGAAGAGUAGUCUGACUAAACACAGUCGCUCUCAUACUGGUGAGAAACCUUAUUCUUGUAGUAUAUGUCAGAAGAGUUUUUCAGAGAAGAGUAGUCUGACUAAACACAGUCGCUCUCAUACUGGUGAGAAACCUUAUUCUUGUAGUAUAUGUCAGAAGAGUUUUUCAGAGAAGAAUAAUCUGACUAAACACUGUCGCUCUCAUACUUUUGAGAAACCUUAUUCAUGUAGUAUAUGUCAGAAGAAUUUUUCAGAGAAGAGUAGUCUGACUAAACACAGUCGCUCUCAUACUGGUGAGAAACCUCAUUCUUGUAAUAUAUGUCAGAAGAGUUUUUCAGAGAAGAGUAGUCUGACUAAACACUGUCGCUCUCAUACUUUUGAGAAACCUUAUUCAUGUAGUAUAUGUCAGAAGAAUUUUUCACUGAGCAGUAAUCUGACUAGGCACAGUCGCUCUCAUACUGGUGAGAAACCUUUUUCUUGUAGUAUAUGCAAUAAGAGUUUUUCACAGAAGAGUAAUCUAACUGCACACAGUCGCUCUCAUACUGCUGAGAAACCUUAUUCAUGUAGUAUAUGUCAGAAGAGUUUUUCACAGAAGAGGAGUCUGACUAAACACAGUCGCUCUCAUACUGGUGAGAAACCUUAUUAUUGCAGUAUAUGUCAGAAGAGUUUUUCGGAGAAGAGUACUCUGACUAGGCACAGUCGCUCUCAUACUGGUGAGAAACCUUAUUCUUGUAGUAUAUGUAAUAAGAAUUUUUCACAGAAGAGUAGUCUGUCUGAACACAAUCGCACUCAUGCUGGCGAAAAACCUUGAUCUUGUAACUUAGGUAAUGCAUUCUUUUAAUAGAUUUUUUUUACGCUUAUUUUUUCACAUAGGUGUAAAUGUGUUUGCCUUUUGGUAACUUAAUUCUUUUACUGAGUGUAUUAAAAGGUUUUUUGAAAUAAAAUGAUCUACCCUUUCA